AUGGAUACAAUCAUGUUACAUUUAAGUGAUAGCGAUAAUGAGGAUGAAAAUUGUAUACAAAUUCGUCGCGAGCGCAGAAAUUUGAGGAAUAAUUCAAAAGACACAUUGGAAAUGGAUGAUUAUAAUUUCUUCAAAAAUUUUCGCAUCAACAAAGAAGCAUUUAUAUACAUUUUAGAGGAAUACGAAAAUGUAUGUGGAAAUGAUAAGAGACAAGGUUCUCUUUCUCCGAAAAUAAAACUUGCUACAUGUCUGCGCUUCUUUGCCACAGGCAACUAUCAGCAUUGUGUUGGAAAGGACUUCAAUAUAAAUGUGGCCCAAUCGACAUUCUGUGGAAUAUUAGAGGAAGUUCUAAACAUUCUUGAGUACAGACUAUGUUCACGGUGGAUUUCUAUUUACAUGAAUGGAAACGAAGAAUUGGAAUCAAAAACAUUUUUUUUUGCCAAGUCAAAAAUUCCGGGUGUGACAAUGGCAGUUGAUGGAACUCACAUAAAGAUAAUGGCUCCAACGAGAGAUCAACAUCUUUAUUAUAAUCGCAAAGGAUUCUCAAGUCUGAACGUUAUGAUAGUGUGCGACCACAAAAUGCAAAUACGCUACGUUAGUGCAAAAUAUCCUGGCAGAAGUCACGAUUCUCAUAUAUGGGAUUUGAGUGACAUAAAAACUAUCAGCGCAACCAAUUAUCGGAGAGGAAAUGCAAAUUUAAUAUUAGGAGACAAAGGGUAUCCUCUUCAACCAUGGCUCAUAACUCCAUUUAGAGAACCAAUCACAUGCCUCAGAAAAAGAAGAUUUAAUACGUAUCAUGCUAAAGGCCGAAUAGUUGUUGAGAAAACAAUAGGUUUAUUAAAAUCAGUAUUUCGUUGCCUUUGCAGUGAACGAGGACUACAUUACGCACCAUAUAAAGCAGCGCGUAUUGUUAAUUUCUGCUGUGCAUUGCAUAAUAUUCGUUUGCAUUUUAAUUCUAACGAAAAUUUUAAUGAGCCACACCUGGAUAUAUCUGAAAAUGAAUAUUCAAACAAUGAUGACAAUGAUUUAAAUGAUAUGCCUACCGACGAAGCAAAUAGAAUAAGAGAAACUUUUUUAGAUAUGUUUUAGUAUAAGUUCAUAUAUAACUAAAUA